AGUCAGUCUGCAUUGAGGUUAUGGUUCUCGGUGAUGCUGCAAUUUUGAGUUAUUUUGUUUGAUUGCGGACCAGUAUUUUGAGUAAAUUACCGAAGAUAUAUUAAACCCACCUAAAGUAAUACCUUGACUUUCAAAGAAGCUUUGUGUAAGACUUAAAUCUACAGAAACUUAAAAAAUACCAUAAAAAAAAUGUCUCAAGUAAAAGCUGAGCAACCACCAAAGUCUGAAACAAAGAAGGAGACUGAGGAGGAGAAGAACGAAUUAUCGGAGGAAGAUAAGCAGCUGCAAGAAGAGUUAAACUUGUGUGUUGAAAGAUUGACAGAAAACGAUGAAAACCUAUAUCUUUCCGCUUUGAAUGUUCUUGGAGCUAAAAUUAAAGCCUCUACAACCUCCAUGACUUCAGUACCAAAACCACUGAAGUUCAUGCGCCCCCACUAUGAUACAAUGAAACAGGUUUACGAAAAAGUUAAGGAUCCACAAGUGAAGAGGAUUUGUGCUGACAUUAUUUCUGUUCUGGCCAUGACAAUGGGCGAAGGAAGAGAGUGUCUCAAAUACCGCUUAUUAUCUGAUUUGGAUAAAAUAGGAGAGUGGGGUCAUGAAUAUGUUAGGCAUUUAGCAGGAGAGAUUGCAUGGGAAUGGGCUGAAAAGGAUGUCGAUGAUAAAGAUGUUGAAGAUAAAUUGAUUCAAUUAGUGAAGCAGAUAGUACCUUACAAUAUGGCUCAUAAUGCUGAGGCAGAGGCAUGUGAUUUGCUUAUGGAAAUUGAAAGAGUUGAUUUGUUGGAACAAUAUGUUGAUGAUUAUUCCAAGGUUUGCCUCUAUCUUACUAGUUGUGUACCCUAUGUAGCUGACCCAGAGAACACAACUUUAUUGCAAACAGCUUUGUUGCUCUUCAGAAAAUUCAAUCAGUAUCCACAAGCACUACGCCUUGCAAUGCAGUUAAAUGACCAUGCAUUAAUUGAAGAAAUAUUCUUAUCCUGCAAGGAUACGACUCUCCAGAAGCAACUUGCCUUUAUGUUAGGACGUCAGCAAAUUUACAUAGAGAUCCCAGAAACUACCCCUGAAUAUGAAGAUUUAUCAGAAAUCAUGGCAAAUUGCCAUUUGAACAACCACUUCCUUAACUUGGCAAGGGAACUGGACAUUAUGGAACCUAAAACUCCUGAGGAUGUUUAUAAAUCCCAUUUAGAAAAUACCAGGCCAUCAUUUGGAGGAAGUCAAGUUGAUUCUGCUAAGCAAAACUUGGCUGCUAGUUUUGUCAAUGGUUUUGUUAAUGCAGCUUUCGGGCAAGAUAAGUUACUAAUGGAAGAUGGAAAUAAGUGGCUUUAUAAAAAUAAAGAUCAUGGCAUGUUAAGUGCUACUGCUUCUUUGGGAUUAGUGUUGUUGUGGGAUGUAGAUGGUGGGUUGACUCCAAUUGAUAAAUACUUGUACUCUUCAGAAGACCAUAUUAAAUCAGGAGCAUUGUUGGCUUGUGGAAUAGUCAACUGUGGUGUUAGAAAUGAGUGUGAUCCAGCACUGGCUUUGUUAAGUGACUAUGUUCUCCAUACAGCUCCUAUUAUGAGAAUUGGAGCUAUAUUGGGUUUAGGAUUGGCAUAUGUUGGAUCCAAUAGGGAAGCAGUGCUUAGUCUGCUCUUCCCAGUAUUCUCAGAUCCAAAUUCCAACAUGGAGGUUAUUGGUAUGGCCGCAUUGGCUUGUGGGAUGAUAUCAGUUGGGUCAGGAAACUCUCAAGUGACCACCACUAUCAUGCAAACUUUAAUGGAAAAAUCAGAGGAGGAUUUGAAAAAAGACACAUAUUCAAGAUUUUUGCCUUUGGGGUUAGGGCUGUGCCACUUGGGUAAACAGGAGAGUAUUGACACCAUCAUUGCUGCUUUAGAAGUCAUUCCGGAACCAUUUAGGUCUAUGGCUACAACAAUGGUAGAUGUUUGUGCAUAUGCUGGAACUGGAAAUGUGCUUAAAGUACAGCACUUGCUGCACAUCUGUUCAGAGCACUAUGAAGGCUCUGACAGUUCAGAAAAAGAUAAAAAAGACAAGGACAAAGAUAAGAAAGAAAAAGCUACAGAUGAGAAAGACAAAGACUUCUCUUCCAGGCAAGCAAUUGCUGUGCUUGGAAUCGCUUUGAUAAGCAUGGGUGAAGACAUUGGAAGUGAGAUGGCUUUCAGGACAUUCGGACAUUUGCUGCGGUACUGUGAACCGGUUAUUCGUCGAGCAGUACCUCUGGCUUUGGCGCUUACAUCAGUCUCGAAUCCAAAGCUAAACAUUCUGGAUACUUUAAGUAAAUUUUCACAUGACAGUGACGCAGAGGUGGCACACAAUGCUAUUUUUGCUAUGGGUCUGGUUGGCGCUGGUACCAAUAACGCUAGAUUAGCCGCUAUGUUAAGACAACUGGCUCAAUAUCACGCUAAGGAUCCUAAUAAUUUGUUUAUGGUUAGGAUUGCACAAGGAUUAACUCAUUUAGGUAAAGGUACGCUGACUCUCAGUCCCUACCAUAGUGACAGACAACUGAUGAGCCCCGUAGCUGUAGCAGGCCUUAUGGCUACACUAGUUGGCUUCUUGGAUGUUAAAACAAUAAUCCUUGGAAAGUCUCACUAUUUGCUGUAUGCUUUGGCUGCGGCAAUGCAACCUAGAAUGUUGGUGACUUUCGAUGAAGAUCUCAAUCAGUUACCUGUACCUGUACGCGUUGGUUUGGCUGUAGAUGUGGUUGGUCAAGCAGGUAAACCUAAAACAAUCACAGGAUUCCAAACUCAUACAACCCCUGUGUUGUUGGCUCACGGUGAAAGGGCGGAACUUGCUACGGAGGAAUAUAUUAGUCUUACACCGAUCAUGGAAGGUUUUGUGAUAUUAAGGAAGAAUCCUGAUUUCAACCCUUGAAUUUGUUAAAAGCGUAUUAUAAUAGGUUUAAUAUUGCUUUAAGGUUUUCUAUUAUUUCAUGUAAGCAUUCUUAUUUAAUCCAACUUACUAAUAAAAAUGUCACAAAUCUCCUCAA